AUGCACCGAACGGCGAGGCGCUGGGAUGCGACGGAGGACUGUCCGGAGGUGACGAAAGAUGAAGGGAACAAAGAAUGGAUCCGCAAGGAGGCCAGGAGGGUCGAGGCCGCGAAGGACGGCAGGAGCACGGGCAUGAGGACGACCCAGCUGUCCCUCUCGCAGCUGCGCACCGUUCAGCGCGGCCCUGAGGACCUCAAGGGGAAGCUCGACGCCUCGCAGUCCCCGGACGCGAAGGCAAAGUUCAAGAGCAUCCACCAGGCGCCCCCCGGCCUCCGCGAGAAGCUCACGCCCGCCACGCUGCGAGCCGGGGAAUUCCUGCCGCACCAGUGCCAUCACGUGACUUUGGGAUGGUCGGGGAGCCAAGCCGGCAACCAGAAGUCCGUCGGGUCGUCCGAAUCGUCGCUGGGGAUAUCCCACGGAGAGUUCCAGCGGUUCGCCAACCAGCACGGGCUCGCCGCGACGAAGUUCCGGUGA